AUGUUCUAAAUGCUGAUGAAGUUGGAAGCUUCCCUGAAAAUAGAUACUCAAAGAAGUCAUCAGAGGUCUGCUGAAAGUUUUAUGGAUCACUCUCAAGAUACAAAGAAUGGUUCUGGUCCUGAAAACAACGUUCUUCCAUCAGUGGUGCUUUCAAAUGUCCCAAAUCCAGUGGAAUCUGAUCUGGAGCCUGCUACAAUAUACAAAGCAGCAGAUUAUACCACUGGAUUGGCUAAUUCUGUGGCUCUCUCCAACUUGCGAACAGAACAAAACACAUUUGCGUCUGUUGGAAAUGUUGUUAUGCCUCCCCAAUCUUUGCAGGAAUCUGUUCCCGUUGCAGCUGAGAACAUGGUUUACCAAUCCAAUUCCCAGUUAUGGCAGGGUAGACCAUGUAUAACUGGGUCGACUCUUCUAAAUGAUACAAGUGAACAGAAUGACCUUAACAUUGAAGGUGGAUCGGUUAGUUUAUCAACUGCCUAUUCUCAAGGGAUAUUGAAUGCCCUGACUCAAGCUCUGCAAUCGUCAGGAAUGGAUUUAUCACAGGCUAGCAUCUCUGUGCAAAUUGAUGUCGGCAAGCGAGCAAAUAGUGGCUUUUAUCCUGCUGCAUCGGGUUCAGAGGAUCAUGAGAACCAAAUCCCAAACAAUCAAAUGAUGUUGCAAACUGGAGUUCAGAACUGUAAUGAAAGUUCUGAUCAGCCUCAUAAGAGGGUCAGAAGAUAAGAAAGCUUAUGUAUUAUUCUGAUCACCUGUUCUUUUAGUUUUUCCAGUUUGUUACUUACAAGGGGUGGGGUUCAUUGUUUUCACCAUAAUCUACAGAUAAGCUAGGUUCUGACCGAUUGUACAUGGUUAUGCUCUUUGGUCUGCCUAGUUGCCAUGAUUUGGGGUAAAAAAAAUGUUGAACAUUCUUUUGUCUGUAUUUCUCUGUUAAGGUAGAGGCUUGGGAAGUUGCUGGUUAUCCCGAAGCAAUCUGUUUUGUAUGCAAAGGUUUAUUUUCUUACUUGGUUGUACAGUAUAGCGGGAUUCCUUGUGCAUGGGAUGCUUUUACUGCUUUAAGUUUGCCCAAAAUCCUGUCAUUUAGUAAGCAA